CUUAAUAUCAUUACAGUCUUACUAUGCCUGGGUGCUGACUUGGUCAUAAGGUAGAUUGCACUAUGUAAACUGAUAAGUAUUCAAAGACCAUUAAGUAAACUAUUCUAUCAGCUACAGAUUAUUAGUAUCAUCCAGGGUACAGAUUGCAAAUACAUACAGAUGAAAAUGUUGACACCUUAAUUGUCGAUCACUGCUUUGUUGUUCAAGGAAUGGGUAUUAAAUGUUUUGUUCAACUAGAUUACAUACCUCGGAGGAUAUUGUUUUUAGUCAAUCUUUUCAUUAUUGCUCGUUAGUUGCAGCAUUUUUAUAUCUCUAGCUUAUAUGUACUUGGAGGGUAGUGCUGUUUGUUAGUGGAUUUUUUUGUUAUCACUUGUUAAUUGCAUGGUUCUUAUGUCAUUAGUUUAUAACAACAGACUAUUUUACUUGUAAAACUUCGGAGGUGACCUAAUCCACAGUAUGUGUGUGUAUAUAUAUAUACACCAGCUUUGUAAGUCUCUCUUCCUCUCAUUUUUCAGAGAAAAUCAUCCCUGAAAAAUGUAAUGUUUAAAUAUGUUGGAUACAAACAGCUAGCCAGGCACACAUUUGUUCUAAUAACUUAGUAAAGCUCAGUGUCAGAUACUGUUUCCCAAAAUGUGGAUUAAUACUCUCCCUUUCUGCUUCCAAAACAUGCAUCUACAAGCCAUCCACAGAAAGAGGUCAGCAGUGUAUGUCAGGGUUGUACAUGGAUGUGUUUAAAUUUCGAAGACCUCAGCCAAUGGCAGAUCUGAGUCCAGUGUUAAUUAUGCAUUUGUGUAAAAUCUAGAGGUCAUGAUGUUUAUGCAUGGUGAUAUUUGUAGGCUUGUAUCCAGCAUGGAAGAGGUGUUCACUGAAUUAUUUUAUUAAUAUCUUUACAGAGCUUUAUUCCGUCAUUAGAAAAAAAUUUGACACCCCACUAAACUUUUACAAUUGUUGGGAGAGGGGGUGGUAUUUAUGGGCGUUGUGUGAUGUAGUGCAAUGUGUAGCACUUACCUCUCUAUCAGUUUUGCAGAGUUAGACAGCUCUUUUAAAUCAAACAAGCAUGUAGUCUCUCAAGCACAUGCAUGCACACACACAGAGCUUACAUUCUAAUCAACAUGAUGAUAACACAGUGCACAAGUUAUCAGCCACAAACUUCAUUAGAUACACCCAUCAAGCGGAUGUUUGUCCAAAGGCCUUCUCAGAGUACUUUUAUAUAUGUUUUCUUCACGAUAAACCAUUUGCGCAUCUGUAUGGCCUUGAUUUGUUCAUGUUAUUCAGAUUUCAGAAGAGAAUCAUCAGCUUAUGCUUCCUGAAGCCUUUUGAAUUUUUGAAUUUGCAUGUUUACUAAUUGAAAGAUAUGAGGGUGCAGUAGCUAUGUUAACACUAUAGUGUGUUACACCAGUCAUUGCCUGAGGUACAAGAAUCAUCUUGUCUGCUGCUGCUGCUUUUCAAGUGUAGAUGAUUGCCUUCCAGAUAUGUGAAAGGAUUGUAGCCAGCUUUUUCAUCAAAGUUGCCCAGAAGCGGUCAUGAAUUAGGCCUAAUUUCUAAUAAGAUUGUGGAAUAUGAAGACAUUUUGAACUGUGAAAUUAUGGAUGAUGCUUCUGGCUAAGUUGUGUUGAGACUUUAUUGAGACACAUGUCAGAGAAAAACGAUCUUGUGUUUUCCUCUUCACUAGUCAAGAAGCAAUCAGUUGAGAAAGGUUGCUUGUGGGCUUCAGAACAUCUGACAACUGCCAUUAAGAAUUUUUUGCAGUCAAGGAGUUAUGUUAAAUGUGUUCAUUGUGAGAGAACUGGGUCAUUCACAAACUCUGAGGGAAUGUUUUCGGUGACAAGCGCUGUGCAUCACCUUAAGCCAGAGUACAUCUUGCAGCAUGUUUUGGAAGCAGAGGACACUCAGUGGAGCACAGCACACCUGGAGUCGGACCCCCCAACUAGCAGUGCUGGCACUCCACCCUCCAUCCUCACCUCACCAUCCCCUGAUCUUAGUGACCCCGGCCAGCUGCUGUUGAGACAUGGACCAACUGUUCGGAAAAUACACAGCUACUUCACCCAGCUAGAAUCAAUUAAAUGCUGCAUGCAUCUUGCGGGCCGUACAGCAGCUUCCCAGCAAAUGAGAGUGGUUCAUCCAUCACAUGCCAACUUAUUGGAAGGUAUAUUUAAGCAGCAGUCUGUGAGAGAGCCCUUUGUGUCACGCUUGGAUGACAAGGACCUGCGAGCCUUUAAACAUGCCUACCUUUGUGCGGCAUAUCCAGUAUUGGCAGCACCAGAGCCACCCCCUUGCUACACUCCCUCCCUCAUUGAACCUGUGACGGAGCUAUCCAUGGUUCAGCAAACAGCUGAUGCCCCUGUUAGUCGAGACAUGACACCUUACUCACUUCACGACAGUGGGCUGGAGGAAUCUGAUGACCUGGCAGUCAUACCAGCAGAAUCAAUCUGUGCUCAUCUUCAGCAGGCUUUUCAUCUAACAGAGGAAAAGUUCCGUGAUUAUCGCAACCUCAUCAACAAAACUUAUGUGAAGAAGUCAGCACAAAAGGAAGAAGAUUGUCAUGCUGAGCUGCUAGCAGAAGAACUUGCUGGGCGUCUAGCAGUCCUAGAAAACAACUGUCACCCAUUUUACAAGCCUCAAGAGUUCAUGACACCAAGUGGGUACAAACUCUGGCGUAAGAUGGAAGAGGAUCAUAUUAUUGAGCUCCUGGGAAAGUUCUGGCAGCACUCUCUUCCCUUCCCUCGCAAGGCGCAGGAUCUUAUUGCUGAGCUUCAUAGUAUCCACGAAGACUACAGCAUUGUGCUGGGCAAGCUGAUGGCUUAUGAACACCAGUUCCAUCGUCAGGCAGAAGAACAUGGAGAAGAUGGGCUGGUAUUUCUGUCUUCUGCUUCUGUUCGUCUUCUCAGAGAAUUUGGUCUCAGAUAUGGAGUGGGAGAAAUGUAUCGGAGGAUUUGUCACUUUGAAGUAGCUGUAAAAGAUUUUUUGCCAUCCCUGGGGUAUCUGAGGCAGCUUCUGUCCUUGUUGAAGAGCAUCACAGACAUGUUUCCUGUGAACAGAAACAAACUGCUUAUUGUCAAGAGGGAGCUUGAGAUCUUACAGACCAGUCUAGUAUUGCUCUCAGGACAAGUUACUAAAUCCUUGGAGCAGAUGAAAGGACUUUUUCCUGGCAACAAGCCCAGAGGAGGAGUAGAAUUGUUGAUCACACUUCUGCAAAAGGUCAUGGAGACCAGAGCAUACCUGACUGCUUCCCGUUCUGAUCCACCACUUCUCCGAAUCAUCUUGCGAGACAUUGCACAGGUUUCAUUCUUCCAAAUAUAUGAGAAGUGCAAGACUUUGCUAAGGACAGAAAUUAAGCAGACAAGGGAUGUGAUCAUCUCUCCACGAUUGCUGAAUGCUUUGAUGAUGGAAGUAAGAAGUGAAGUGCAAGACUACAAAACAAACUACGAAUCUGUCUUCAUCCAGUACUUCGACCUCACUGCACUAGCAGCCAGGGCCUUUUACUCCAUGCUCAUGCGUGAUGUUGGGAGUUUAUGCCAGCUGGAGACCCUGAGAGAUGCAGCUAUUGACCUGCGAAUGUUGGCACUUGUUUAUCGAUUAAACCAACUGGACAACGACUGGUGUGCAUACAUUUUACCUCAAGACCAGCAAUGGCGGCAGAUGUUUCAGCCACACCUAGAUCAGUGGGGUCAUGUACUCCAGCUGCAUAUGCAGGACCUGAUCUUGGAAACCAUUGGUGGUGAUGCUUUUGAGAUGCAGACGGUGCAGAUAGUAAACUCUGGGAGCUUUUCCUCCAGUCCAUCUGUUGGACUGCGGUCUCUCUCAUUCUCAUUAACUCCAUCUGUGAACAGUGCCUUCAACAGCGUUGUCUCCACACCACGAGAGGGGUCAUCUGUUGGCAGCAGACUGAUGCAACAGAGGAGGAGCACGGAUAUGUUGAGCAUGGAGGAUAUCGAUGGAAACAACAGUGAACAAGAAGUCAUCUCAAAGCCAUUUGACACCCACUCUCUCACAGAACACACCAGCUCAAAUAAUGACUUCCUGAGAUUUGCUGAUAUCCGUCGAACUUGCGCAUCUGUUCCUGUCACAGUUGAUCACCCAGCAAUUGUUCGUGCUAUUUCUGGUGUCAGAAAGUACAUCCAAAAAGGACCAAUGGUAUCCUUGCAUGAAGCAGAAUCUAUGGAAGACCUCCGUACUCUGUCUUCUGCCAGAAUCAUCAGAUAUAAACAAUCAGGAUCUGAGAUAAACAGGGCCGAGAACAGAACAGGGAAGUCUGACAUAGAGGACUCCUCUUUCAUGAAAGGAGAAGCAAGAGAUUCCAGUGGUGGGAAUUCUAGUAGAGAUUCUGCUGAAGACCAUGGCAAUUCUUCUGAUAGCUCAGAUAAUGAGUUCUUAUUCCCUCCUAUCCAGGAUGUGACUAGUCUGGACAUAGCAGAAUCUUUGAAGGAGACCUCUCAGAUUGAGGAUCAGCUUGACAAUGAGCAGCACUCAGCCUUUAAAGCUUUACCAUGUGGCCCAAAACAAUGGAAUGAAAAAUCAAAGUGGUUAAAUGCCAGACAAGAGCACAAUGGGAAUGAAGAGGCAGACAAAAAGCCAUCAUUAAAGGCUGGCAUGCCCUUGUCAGAUCGAGAGCAACAAUCAACUCAGUCAGUUGUGUCAUUUCCAUUCCCAUCAAGCCAGGAAUCUAUUAUACCUGUGUCAGGGUCUCUCAUCGAUUUGAUUGUUCUCCUGCACCGCAGUCUUUCUUUUGGUCAGAAGCUGUGCCACACUGUCUACCCAACACAUGUUAGGAGCUUGUCCCAGGCAACCCACGACAUGGCUAACAACACUGUUGUGCUACACAACACUUUAAGAACAUACAAAGUCAACGCAUAUAUGAAUGUAAUUGAGGGGUUCUGCAGGGGACUGAGUACCUAUGCUGACAACAUGCUGUGUAUGGACUUGUGUGCAGUACCUGGAAACAUUGCCAUACGUGUCAUCGGAUCUAAACUUGUUACCCAUGUUGUGAGGCAGCAGCAAGCUGGUCACAUCUGGGGAUGCCGACACCAGCUGGAUGGCUUGACUUCGUGCUCUGGCUUUCACAAUCGCCAAGCAUUAUAUCUUUGUGAUCGUUAUGAACCCAUCUCACAACAGAUGUGUGCACGGAUAAACAAUGUCGCAGCCUGCAUGCAUAUCCUUAGCUGGUGUGACAAGCAUUCCCAGACAGGCUUUAACGAUGAUCUGGAAGUAGGUGAAACCUCAGGUUCCAUACUCAGUGAUCUUGCAUCGUCAGGGAGUACCACUCAAGAUCCAUCACCUGUCAACUACACCUCUCGCGGUCAGCUACUUUACCUGGCUGACACUCACCUCAAAUCCAUCUGGACAGCUCUCUGCCGACUGUUGGCUUUUCGGAUGAAUUUAUUUCUUCGGGAUGGCAUGUCCUUGCUGCUAAGCUCAAAACCAAAACAUGUUUCCAUGAAAUCGUGUUUGACGCCAGUAACUAACUUUCUGAAAGACCAUCUGAAUUCCUUGUCUUCAUGGCUGUACCAUCAGAGUUUUCAGCGUGUGAUAGAAUUUCUUUGGAUCUAUAUUGUACAGGACAUAGAGGAUGAGGCGAGGAAGCUGCCACUGAACAAGACAGAGAAUAUCACUGCACACAGUCUACUACAGGCCCUCACACAUCUGAUGAGGUUAAUGAACAACCAUGGAAAGGGUAUUACAAAGCAGCAGCUUCUUUCACAAGCUGAGAGCGUGAUGAUGAGACUUCAGCUCUACACGCUGUCUACACUGCAUCUUAUUGCUCUGCACCAUUGCUUGAGCGACAUGCUUACUUCAGACCCUGAUCUACAUCUGGAAGCCAGCCCUACUGAGCACAUACCCCUUCAGGCCAUUCACAAACUACAUCAGGAACUUCAGUCCCUUUCCAAGUGCUUCAGUGGUGCUCAGCUGACCCACUGGAUCUUACGGCAUUCUGACCUGUUCUUGACAGAGGAGGAACUUUUUCUUUGUGAAGGGGAAGUGGAGAUGACUGUGCAGAAGGCACUGAUCAUUGCCCAGCAAAUGCUUGACCAACACAUCAUUCUUGACAUCGACACAGACAAUUUUACACAAAGUGAAACAAGCAGCAACAUGCCACAAUAUCCAGAGGUGAGCCUUUAUACUCAGCGCCAGUGGGAGAACCAGGCAAAUAGGGACCUUGAGGUCACACCCACACCCAGAAAAUCACAGGAAGGUGACCAGAAGGAGGGUGAGGCCGUUCAUGAGCCCAGUACCUGCGCAGCACCUAGAGAUACAGGGGAAUCACGGAGGUCAUCCACUGAAGGUAGACCUGUCCCUUCUGAAGAGCAAGAAAGCCAAACAGAGAAGAGUUUGGCAAGUUCUGAUAGUUUCAGUGAAGUUACAGAGAAUGCCUCCAUGCACAACUGUGUUUAUAAAACUGACCCUGUCACAAAUGGCAUGGAGCAGUCUGGUCUGUUUGAGCCAACCCCGAAUGUUCCAACACCCAUCUUAAUUGAGCAGCUACGCAGACAGCUCCAAGAAAAUGGAGAGGCUAACAGUGAUCGAUUCAGUUCCUCAUCCAUGUCAUCUAUGUAUUAUUUACAAGACACCACAAACAUUUUUGAAAACAGUCCUCAAAGAUUUUACUUCAUACCAGUUUCUUCUGUGGGUUCCAACCCUCCUCAGGCUUCUUCUGAGAGUCCGUCAUGGGGAGUCUUUGGGAUGAGCAAAUCCAUCCUGAGAAUGAAAAAUUCACCAGAAACCAUCCGCUUGGCAGAAAAAUGCUACAGCUUGAAGAUUUCAACCCUUUUCAUUCUCCUGAUAGUCUACAGCCGGAGAAAUGUGGAUGGUGCAGCACACAGCUUCUUGAUGGAGCUGCCGCUGUCAACACUGGAACAACUCCAAAAACAUUUUACCACAGAUAACAUCAAAUGUACAGUUCUGUGACAACUUUCUGACCACAGUACCGACUGACAUAUGGUACUGUGAGGGGAAACUUCAUGGAGAAGAAGGGUGAUGUUUACUAUUGACAUCACUUUGAUAAUGUGAGUCAUUUUCAGAAUAGCUGCACACUGUUGUCCAUAAAAUUUAUCAUUCUGUACUUUUAUCUGGUACACUGUUUGUCCCUGCAGCUACUAAGCUUGCAGAGUGUUAGUUAUCUUGACAACUAAGCUUGCAGACUAUUUAUUGUCAUCCUAGAGAAAUAGCAUAUUACUGCCUCCUCAUGCCAAUUAUUUUUCGGGAGAUUUGUUAGGUUUGCAAAGAGACUGUUGAUAACAGCGGAGUAAGUUAUUUUUUGCACAAUGAGAAAUCAGGAAGAUUUCGGUGAUUAAUAGUUUGUGAUAUAGCAAUCUCCCCAAUACAGCAAUCUGUGAUACAAAAUAAGGCCUGAGUGCUAAAUAUGUUUCACCUGUAAGUUAUAGAUAUGAAGCAAGAUGUAACAGAUGUGAUGAAAAGGGUGAGUGUAACAGAUGCAUGCAAGCAGAGGAUGUAAACAUGAAUGUAACAGAUGUAAUGGCAAACAAUUCUAGCUGUGAACUAAAAGAGCGAGUGUAUACUGUAUGUUAAACUGCUAAGUCAAGAGUAAUAGGUGAGAUUCCAUAGGGAGCGGACAGGAAGACAAGUAUAAAUCUAGAGAUAUGACCUGUAAGCACAUUAAUUGGCUAUAAAAAUAUUGACUAAAAACAGUCAUGUAUGUGCUUGCUGUGUGUCAUCCUGCCGAUAAAUCAGGAUACAUAUGUUUUUAUAGCAUCCCUUUUCUUAAACUUGUACAGAGAUGUGUACAUAAUGGAUUGUUUUUGUUGUAAGGUUUUAAAAAUAUUACUUAAGAGAAACAGAAGCAGAAUGAAGUAUAAAAUAAGGUCUUUUCUAUAUAAAUUGCUCUUACAUUGCAUACAAAUAUUUGCAAUCAGUAAUGUUUAUAAAGGUUUUUGAAUUUUACUUUUUGUGCAGCUUUUGAAGUUUCACAUUUAUAUUAGUAAAUUAUAAUUUAAUGUUCUUGCUAAUUAUGUUUGCUGAAAGCUAUUUUCAUGAAAGAAAAUUUAUUAAUCUUGGCAUAGACAUUAUUAGUUUAAUGGUAAAUUGUUAUAUUAAGUAGAUAUUAUAAAAUAAACAUUACUUCUUUUAAUCAUCAUAGAUUUAUAGCAGUGUUCAGUCUAUUAUUUAUUUUGUCCAUGUUAUCCUCUUUUCUUUUGAGAAAAAAAAUGUACAUUUUAUUAUUUAAUUGUGAUAAUUUUAAAAAGAUAUCACGACAGUUGAUUGAUUUGAAGGAGUACGUGAGUGAGGCAACAGCUACAAUUAAGUUUAUAUUUCAUGAACUAGUGACAUUUAUUUGUUACUGAUGUGUCUUCUCUAUCAUAGCUUCAAAACUUCCAGUAAUAGGUGCUUAAGUACUGUUGACAGAGCAUCCUCAAGUCCCACAAGACAGCUCUGUGAGGCUCAGUGAACAAGUAUUUGCCUCUUAAGACUGGUUGUAUAUUCAGUCUAUCACUCACCUCCAGCCAUUUUUCUUUUUUGACAUUUCUUGUUGAUUACAUUUAGCACAACUUGUUGACAGGGCACAGAUCAGCUGUUAUAUAUUGUUUUAUGCCCCGAACAUAAGGGAAUCCAAUUUUUGUGGAUGUAUAAUGAUUCAUUUCACCAUUUUAUUUUCGUUUUGUGUGAUUGUUAUUUAUUUUUUUCUGUGUGUAAAAUAGUUUUAUAGAUGAUGAUGUUUCCUGCCCAGUUUUACAGCAUGGGAUGUUCUUCUGGAGCCAGGGUCACGGAAGUUGUGAUGACACUGGGUUAUGACAUGGGAAGAAAAUCGGGAGUGUGUGUGUGCAUGCAUAUAUAUGUAAAUUGGUGGGCAUGUGCACAUAAACAUAAAGUCAUAAACCCACAACAAAAGAGAUUGAAACAAAAUUCUACUAAUAGGAGUUAGAAGCAGGAGUCCAAAACUUAGAAGAAUUUCUACCUCAGAGUUAUUGUAUAAAUGGAGUUUUUGUAUUGAACCUUUAAGACAUUCUCUGUAUUUUAUUCCCCAAAAAUAGAAAAACAGAAAUGGAGAUAAGAAAUGAAAAAAGAUAUGUGAAGGCGAUACUCAUUUCAUCUUUGACUGUUUUGAUGACAUCAUCAUGACCCAGAAAGACAAAGUGGCCAUCUGAUUUUUGGAAAAAAGCAAAAAUUACAGCCUUAAUGAUGUUAAUGCCAGAUCAGGAAGUUGACCAUUUUCUUUUGAGAUAUCAAGGUUCAACAUGGAAAAAAAAAUCUAACAAA